AGAGGGAAGGAUGUGGAAGACUUCCCUGCUGCCCAAAGUUCUGAGUUUGGGGGUUCUGGGCCUCCUGAUUCCAGCCCAAGGGCAUAAUACUGAUGACCUCAUCAAGACCACUGAGUCUGGACAGAUCCAAGGGACUUACAGCAGAAUCAAGGGAACUCACAAAGGUGUCAAUGUUUUCCUGGGAAUCCCUUUUGCCAAACCUCCUGUUGGGGACCUGAGGUUUUCUCCUCCACAACCACCGGAUUCAUGGAACAAUGUGAGACAUGCAACUUCUCGCCCAUCCAUGUGUUUGCAGGAUGUUACUGUCCAAGAAAAACUGUUGAAUCUCUUGAAAAUACCUGUCACUCUUACCAGCCCUUCUGAAGACUGUUUGUACCUCAAUAUCUACACUCCUGCCCACGCAAAGGAAGGAGCCCGAUUGCCAGUGAUGGUGUGGAUCCAUGGUGGUGGUUUUGUCUUGGGCUCUGCCUCCACAUAUGAUGGCUCAAUGUUGUCUGCCUCCCAGAAUGUGGUAGUGGUCAUCAUCCAAUACAGACUGGGCAUCCUUGGAUUCUUUAGCACUGGGGACACGAGUGCACCUGGCAACUGGGGUUACCUAGAUCAGGUGGCUGCCCUGAGGUGGGUCCAGAGGAACAUCGCCCACUUUGGAGGAGAUCCCGGCUGUGUGACCAUCUUUGGCGAGUCUGCCGGGGGAACUAGUGUUUCUUCACAUGUUCUGUCCCCCAUGUCCAAAGGCUUGUUCCACAGGGCAAUCAUGGAGAGCGGUGUGGCCAUCCUCCCGGGCAUGAUUACUUCCAGCCCAGAAAUGCUUGUAAAUGUUGUUGCCAAUCUGUCUGCUUGUGAGAGACACAGUUCUGCUUCCAUGGUUCAGUGCCUCAGAAACAAAACUGAGGAGGAGAUCAUGGCCAUUGGCAAGCAUUUACCAAUAAUUUCUGGAGUAGUUGAUGGGCAAUUCUUGCCCAAACACCCUGAAGAGUUGCUGGCUUCAGGAGAGUUUCACCAUGUCCCUUCCAUCAUUGGUGUCAACAACCAUGAGUUUGGUUGGCUUAUUCCUGCAGAAAUGGGCAUGGCUGGAUUUAAGCAAGGCAUGGAUAAAAAAAGUAUCCAAUCAUUCCUGCAGAAUCCACUGUGGGGUAUUCCUUCUGAACUUCAGCAUUUGAUGAUGGAAGAAUAUUUUAAAAAUAUUGAGGACCCUAGAGAACUUCGAGCUCAAUUCCAGGAAAUGAUGGGUGAUUUUAUCAUUGUUAUGCCUUCCCUCAAAGUGGCCAAAUAUCAACACAGUGACUCUCCAGUCUACUUUUAUGAAUUUCAACACCGACCAAAGAGACUUAAAGGUCUCAAGCCGGAUUCUGUGAAAGCAGACCAUGUCUUUUGGAUGGGAACACAAGAAGAAAAGCUCCUGAGCCACAGGAUCAUGAGCUACUGGACAAACUUUGCCCGCCAUGGGGAUCCAAAUGGGGCAGACCUUUUGCACUGGCCAGUUUAUGACCAGAAGGAAGAAUACAUGCAGCUGAAUUUGCAGUUGUCUGUGGGAAAGAGACUGAAGGGGGAUAAGUUGGAGUUCUGGACCAAGACUGUGCCUCAGAAGAUGAGGGAAUCAGAGCCUGAAAAAGCCUGAGUGUAUAUGUGAUCCCUAAUCAUAAUGAUUUUAGCAAUUGUUGCAGGUCAAUAACCCCCAAUUAUUCCCCAAUCCCAGCUAAAGUUUACUGCAGUUUGGAGUCAAAGAUUUUGGCUCUCCAUCAUUACUGUCAUUGGAGACAAAUUUAACCGUUAGUCAGAAGGGAAAAAAACCCAUAUACAUAGUAUUUACUUUUUUUUUACCUUAGUACUUACUUUAUGCCAGGCACUGUGCUAA